GUAGGAGAAACAGGAAAAAUCUGGCACGUCGAAUAAGUUUUUGUAUUAACUUUUGUACAAAGAGGUUACAAGUACGGCGAGGAAUACAAGAAAGUGUAACACCAUGGCGUCUAGCUGGCAGGACAAUAUGACUUUACUGGAGAGUAUGGACUACGUACUGACGAAUGGAGUGGACUGUGACAUCUCGUUUAAGCUGGGAAAGGCGGGGUCAGAUGUCGUCCCCGCCCACAAAUUUGUUCUGGCUAUCAGGAGCUUGGUGUUCAGGGCCAUGCUGUUCGGUCCGUUGGCGGAGAAAAAAAGUACAGUGGAAAGUGACACAUUUAAAUGUUUUCUCCGGUAUCUGUACACGGACAAAUGUACCAUAACGGCUGACAACGUCACGGCUCUGAUGUACGCAGCCAAUAAAUACAACGUAGAACGGCUGAUCAAGGAAUGUGGUCAGUUCAUGACGGACAACUUGUCCACAGCCAACGUAUGUACCAUAAUGGAGACUGCCUAUUUGUUUGACAAUCAAGUCUUACGUCAGAAUUGUCUGGAGUUUAUAGAAAAACACAGUAAUGAAAUAGUGAAAGAAAAGCUUCUCUCAGAUUUAGGCCAGGAAUGUUUCGGUGAUGUUCUCAGGUCAGACAAUCUCAAAGCCAGUGAAGAGGACAUUUUUACUGCUGUUAUGUCCUGGACUGACCGUAGAUGUACCGAGAAGGAUCUAGAGGUGAACGAUUCCAAUAGGCGACACGUCCUGGGAGAUCUCCUGUACUUACUGAGGUUUCCACUGAUGAGUCAGGAGAAGUUUGUGUCAAUCUCCAAAACAAAAGAAAGCCUGUUAUCUCUACAGGAACAGGUAGUGUUGUUACAUGGUUACGUAUCUGGCAACUUUUCUAAAUCGCCAUUUUCAUCAAAAAGGGACCGUGGAUUUAAAAGGCAGUAUGUAUGCUACAGAUUUAAACAUGAACAUUUUCGCAACAACACGGGAUGGAACUAUUCGAUAAAUCCUGAUGCGUUGUCAUUCAAGGUUUCUGAACCCGUGGACGUUACAGGACUCGUUCUCUUUGGGUGUACUAAAGGAAGUUAUACAUACUGUGUCCACAUAGAAAUUGUAGAGCUCGGUCAAAUAGCCAACACAACUGUGGCAUCGAUAUCAACUGAGAAAACAUUUGAGGUGCUCUUCAGUAAACCAGUUGGGGUCCAACCUAAUAAGGACUAUACACUGAAAGUUUGUCUCAGCAACGGCCCCAACACGUAUGCUGGUCUGAAUGGAAUAUCACGUGUAAUGUGUGGAGACAUUUCAUUUGUAUUUUCCACAUCAAGUCAAUCAGGAAAUGGCACAGAUGUUUCCACUGGACAGAUAUUCGGCAUCAAGUAUAAUAUGUCGUAAUAUCUAUUUCAAUAUCAUCCAAUAUGUUUUAAUUUGUUCAGUGUUUCACGUCAAACACGGUGCCUAUGGAGACACCACCAAAAUCUGUAUAAAUCAGAACUGUAACUUGAUGUCGCUGUUUUUAUUGAUAUGGAAGCUGAUAUAUUACAUGUAUAUAUGAAACAUAUGUUAUCCUAACACCUGUAUAAACACGACCCUCAAAUAGUUCACGGUUUAUACAUUUUGAAUUAAAUUUAACUUGUUUGCUACCUCUGUCUGACCGGAACAUAAGAAGGAAAGACCCAAGUCGGAUCGGUUCCAAAACUGAUCACUUUUUCCAUGAAUACUUUAAAAGUAUUCGGGACAUAGUCUCAGAAUGCAUGUCCGAUGCAACAUUUCUGUUUACAUACAUUUAAGAAUUUCAUAUUAAGAAAGAUUUUUUGUUUGUGUUAUCAUAACAUUGGCGCGUGCGGGGACCAAAUCAUUUGUGUAGGGCAAUAAGAAUAAACUAAGACCAUGGAAAUAUCGAUAUCUAAAUUAAACAAUUAAAAAUCAUGAAAAUAAUGAAAGUUUUUGAG